AUGGCCGACACUACCACUCCCGCUGCUGCUAAGAAGCAGCAGUUCGUGAAGCCUGAGAAGCCCAGUGAGGAUGCCUACAAGACGGGUCUGGCUGAGAAGGAGAAACAACAUGCUGCUGCUCAAGAAAAGCUCAAAGCCCUCAAUGCGAAGAUCGAUCUCGCUACACCGAACAACAAGGACUCACCAACUGCUAAGAAGCAACAGGAGCUCCGCACCGAGCUCGCUGAGAUCCGCAAGAAGCAGCAGGCCAACAAGGGCUCGCGCAACACCGUCUUUGAGCAGAUCAGGAAGCUCGAUGAGCAACUGAAGUCUAGGAUCCAGGAGAACAAGACGGCUCGCAGCCGUGUCAACUUCAAGAAUGCUGACGAGGUCGACCGCGAGAUCGCUCGCCUCCAGAGCCAGGUCGACUCUGGCUCGAUGAAGAUUGUGGAGGAGAAGAAGGCCCUUGCCGACAUCUCCAGCCUGAACAAGCAGAAGAAGAACUUCGCCGGCUUUGACCAGGCCGAGAAGGGCAUCGCCGACCUGAAGGCGAAGAUUGCUGAGCUGCGCAAGUCCCUGGAUGACCCCGAGGCCAAGGCCAUGAGCGACCGUUACUCUACCAUCCAGUCCGAGCUUGAUGCCAUCAAGGCGGAGCAGGAUGAGGCCUACAAGAGCCUCAACACCCUCCGUGACGAGCGCACCAAGCUUCGCAACGAGCAACAGGCCAAGUGGACCGAACUGAAGGAGUUCAAGGACAAAUACUUUGAACAGAAGCGCGCUUUCCGCAACUACGAGCAAGAGGCGUACAAGGUCAGGAGGGAGAGGCAAGACGCCGAGCGCAAGGCCUACGAGGCCAAGAAGCGUCGCGAGAUUGCCGAUGCGAAGCUCGAGGAGGCCAGCGCUCCUGCGUACACCGAGGAGAUCAUCACCGCCGAGGGUCUCAUCCGCUACUUCGACCCCUCCGCUCUGCCUGCCAAGGAGACCAACGGCACCUCCAAGUUCCUCGCUCAGGCCGGCAGGACUACUGACGACUCUGCCUUCAAGGGCAUGAAGGUGGUGAAGAAGGAGGAGGAGGACUACUUCGCUGGGAGUGGCAGCGGCAAGAAGGGCAAAAAGAACAAGAAGAACAAGGAGUCUGCUCCGGCUUCUUCCGGCUUCAACCUUUCGAUUGGCGUCCUCGAGCAGCUGUCUCAGAUCAACGUCGAGGCACCCGCUAGCCAAUCCGACAUCCCCGGCGUGGUCGAGAAGCUCAAGGAGAAGCUUGAGACCUGGAAGAAGGACCAGGGCCGCAAGACCCAGGAGAACAUUGAUAAGGCGAAGAAGGAGAUCGAGAAGCUUGACGCCGCUGAGUCCGAGGGUGCGGAUGCUGGCGCCAAGGACACUGCCAAGAAGCCGGCGGCGAAGAACCAGCAGGUCAACGGUUCCGCCGAUGCUGAUGCGGAGCUUGCCCAGGAGAAGGACGCUGUCACUGACGCAGCCAAGGAGCUUGAACAGGCUAGCAUCGAAGACAAAGACGAGACCGCGACUGCCUAA